CUUGUUGUCUAAACAUCUAGUUUCAAAGCUAUACCAAAAAUAGAGCCAACGAAGCGCAGACACCGUUUCUUUUUUUCUAGACGUCGUGUUACGAGAGUUGUGCGAUCGUUUUAUUUUAUGGUAUGCCAAACACGAGAAGGCAGAUUCAAUAGUGGGUUGCAGCAAAGUGUAGAUCAGAUGGUGCGACAUAGUGUGUGUGUGCGUGUUACCUAUACAUAGAUAGUAUUAGUGUACAGGAGGAGAUUCCUUGAGCCGGAGAAAGGAUAACGUGCAAAGGAUAUCGAACGGCAGCUUUAGUUAUGUUACAGCUUCGGAACGGUGAGCAGUGCUUCCGUUGAUUGUGUGCCAUCGUUGGCGAAUAAAACAAAUAAAAGCAAAAGGACAAAAGGUUAUCAGUUGGCUGGCUUCUAGUGAGAGAUAAUAGUGAAUGAACUUUGUUUGGAUUGAGUAAGCAGAAGCAAAAAAAAACUAGUUGUGAUUAACCAGUUUGGGCAGAACUUUUAAGAUGUCUAUAAUUCAUUCGUCGUCGUCAACCUGCAGUGAUAUCAGUAUUGAGGAGUUGAAAGCUAGAUCCCCAGAUUUCCACCCGGAAAUUCUUGCAGCUAUUAAACAAGAACCUCGGUCGACUGUUUCGCCGAUUCUAACCCCACCGCAUACACCCACCGAGGAUAGUAUUAGCUCGCUUCCCGGCGGGAUCACAUCGCGGCACUAUUUCGACAUGGAGCAUAACCGGUCCCCAACGCAGCACCACCACAUGCCACAUCUUCAUCACCAUCAUCAACAUCCCCACCAGGAACUGCCGAGUACCUUCAUCUCGCAACAAGCCAAUGGCCAUGGACAGCCCCACUCGAUGGAAGCUUUCCUUUAUCAGCAACAACAACAACAACAACAGCACCAACAGCAACAACAACAGCAGCAGCAGCAGCACCGCCUAUGGCUCCAAACUCAGGCAGCGGCAGCAGCUCAGCAGCAUCUUCACCGAACCGGUUAUCCCGUGCCCGGUUACGCCCAGCUUCCUACCGCGGCCGCCGCUGCCCAUCAUCCGCACGCCCUGAUGCAGCAGUGGAUUCGCAAUGCCGCCAUCUAUCAGCAACAUUUUCAACACCAGGGCUACCCAGCGGAUCUUGCUCGCAUCCCGAGCCUUGGCCGACCAGUUAAUCCACUUGGGCCGAUGAAAGUUACCGGUAAUGGCAGUUCCCGCCCAAAGAAACAAUUCAUCUGCAAGUACUGCCACCGUCACUUCACCAAGUCCUACAAUCUGCUUAUCCACGAGCGUACCCACACUGACGAGCGGCCGUACUCGUGUGACAUCUGCGGUAAAGCAUUCCGCAGGCAGGAUCAUCUCCGCGAUCAUCGGUACAUCCACUCCAAAGAAAAACCCUUCAAAUGUUCCGACUGUGGCAAAGGAUUCUGCCAGUCGCGAACCCUAGCCGUCCACAAGGUGACCCACCUGGAGGAGGCACCCCACAAGUGUACCAUCUGCAAUCGAACCUUCAACCAGCGAGCUAACCUGAAAACACACAUGCAAAGCCAUUCCCUCUCCGAAGUCACCCCGAACGGACCGGUCCUGGACCUUUCGCAAAAAUCGGCAUCCUCCACCCCGGAAAAGGAGAUCAUCGUCGAUGAAGACAUCGAGGAUGACGACGAGGACGAGGAUGAGAUUGACCUCCAUGGAACACGCAUUCAAGCAACUCUCCCGAAAAAAUCCCUUGGAUUUUCUAUCGAUGAGAUCAUGCAGCGGUAAUUUGGUUGCGCCAUUUGACCCACCUUUUCACACAGUGAUGUUCCUUAGUCAGUCGGCGAUUGAUCGCAGGCGUGAGCGGUUGAAGGGGGAAGAAACAGAAAGAGAGAGAGAGUGGAGAAAGAGAACUCGCGAGUCAAAAUUAGUUGAUUCUUUUGUUUGUUGAUUUUGUAUUCGUUUUUCUUUAUCGCGGAAUAUGUCAAUUUAUAUCCAUUGUUACGAGGUUAGUCCUAAAGCCUAGGCAGGGGGGAAAAGAGGCAGGAAUGGUAGUCCAAAGCGGAACGCAGAUAAUAGGCCGAAAGAGAAAGAAGUAAUUUUAUGACCUAGAAAAAAGAUCGAACAAAGCAGCCAAAGAGGAAAGUAAUUGCUUGGUUUUUUUCUUACCCACUUUGAAAAACAGUACACAUGCCUCUAAUUAUGUGUAAUAGAAUUGCUAGCGGGGCACAGGGAAGCCAGCGGUAGGGGAAACCUUUCUUUAAAGACUGAUUGAUAUUGCUUUUAUUUAUGAAUGCGCAUAAUUUAGGUAAGACAUACUACGCUCAUACCCACACACACACACCUACAAACGCGAAUACAAACUCUGUUUAACCAAAUUAUUAGUUGAUGGAACCGUUGUGACUCGUUGUAUAGUAGCUAAAACUGGAAAGUAUUGUAAACUGAUCUCAGCCAAAACUUAAUUAGUUUGUAAGGAAAGAGUUGUACAUAGUUUAGAUUUUAUGAGUAAGUCAUGAAAAUAUAUUUUAUGUUGUACGUUUAAGUCCCGCCAAGACGUAAAUUAUUGCUAUUACGGAUAUG